AUGCUUCAACACAGUGGACGCGGUGCUGCGAGGCGCAUAGCUUCUGUCCGUCACCCAGUACCUCGAUAUGCCCUUCGAGCUUCUGGCCGACUCGAAGCCACCUCAAUACCAUCCACCUUCCGACGACCAGUACCAUACAGCAUCCAACGAUCAACACCGGUCGCGACAACGCAAUGUCGCAGCUACGCAAAUGGACCGCCUCGACCGCCUGGCGGUACACAUCGUAUGAACAUGAGCGGCGAACCCGAAAAGCCAGCUCUGGAACAAUAUGGAGUGGACCUUACAGCGAGAGCAAGAGAUGGGAAGCUUGAUCCCGUAAUCGGACGCGACAGUGAGGUACACCGAACGAUUCAGAUACUCUCAAGGCGCACGAAAAACAACCCUGUAUUGAUUGGCAACGCAGGAACUGGGAAGACCGCUAUUCUGGAGGGACUGGCACAACGCAUCGUCAAGGGUGAUGUACCGGACAACGUCGUCGACAAGCGCGUGAUCUCACUAGAUCUGGGUAGUCUGAUCGCGGGUGCCAAGUUCAGAGGCGACUUCGAAGAAAGGUUGAAAAGCGUUUUGAAGGAAGUCGAAGACGCAAAGGGCGGGGUUAUACUCUUCGUCGAUGAGCUGCACACCUUGCUUGGAUUGGGCAAGGCAGAAGGCAGUAUCGAUGCCAGCAACCUACUCAAGCCGGCCUUAUCGCGAGGCGAGCUUCAGUGUUGCGGUGCAACAACUCUGAACGAGUACCGCCAAAUCGAGAAGGACGUUGCACUCGCACGAAGAUUUCAGCCUAUCGUUGUGAAUGAGCCGACGGUACAAGACACGGUGUCUAUAUUGCGCGGCAUAAAAGAGAAGUACGAAGUGCACCAUGGUGUACGCAUCACCGAUGGGGCCCUGGUUGCAGCCGCGGCCUACAGCAAUCGAUACAUCACGGAUCGUUUCCUACCAGACAAAGCAAUCGAUCUGGUCGAUGAGGCGGCCUCUGCACUUCGUCUUCAGCAAGAGAGCAAGCCAGAUGCUAUCCGCGAGCUUGAUAGAGCAAUCAUGACUAUUCAGAUCGAGCUCGAGUCGUUGCGGAAAGAGACCGAUAUUGCCAGCAAGGAGCGUCGCGAGCAACUAGAGCGUCAGCUCACAUUGAAGCAGGAUGAAGUCGGAGCCUUGACCGAGAAAUGGGAGCAAGAACGAAAGGAGCUCGAGUUGAUCAAGCAAGCGAAGGAAGAACUCGAACAAGCACGGAUCGAUCUGGACCAGGCACAGCGAGAAGGCAACUUCGCCCGAGCCAGUGAGCUCCGAUAUGCUCGCAUACCCGAGCUACAGAAGAAGCUGAACGAGGAAGAGAGCAGUGAAACGUCCAGUGGAGAAGCAAAGGAAACUCUCAUCCACGACUCCGUUACAGCGGACGACAUUGCUCUGGUAGUGGCGAAAGCGACUGGAAUCCCCGUUACGAAACUCAUGGCCGGCGAACUCGAGAAGCUUAUCCACCUCGAGGACACCCUCCGGCAAUCAGUUCGUGGCCAAGACGAAGCUCUCACCGCCGUUGCCAACGCUGUUCGCAUGCAACGCGCCGGUCUCAGCGGCGAGAACCGCCCGCUUGCCUCAUUCCUUUUCCUUGGUCCAACAGGAGUCGGCAAAACCGAGCUGUGCAAGAAACUCGCGGGGUUCCUCUUCAGCACUGAAAGCGCCGUCAUACGCUUCGACAUGAGCGAAUUUCAGGAGAAGCAUACUGUCAGUCGCCUCAUUGGCAGUCCCGCAGGCUACGUAGGCUACGACGAUGCUGGCCAGCUGACUGAAGCUGUGCGACGGAAACCGUACGCUGUGCUUUUAUUCGAUGAGUUCGAGAAAGCUCACAAAGACAUCUCCACCCUGCUCCUUCAAGUCCUCGACGAGGGUUUCCUGACUGACGCCCAAGGCCGCAAAGUCGACUUCCGAAAUACCAUGAUCGUGCUUACCAGUAACCUCGGGGCCUCAGCGCUCCUCGAGAGCGCAGACGAAAACUCCGAAGUCUCUCCAGAGGUCAAGCAACAAGUACUCGACGUUGUCACCGCUUCGUUUGCACCCGAGUUUAUCAACCGUAUCGACGAAAUGAUCAUCUUCAAACGCCUCUCCAAAGAAGCUCUCCGCGACAUCGUGGACAUCCGCCUGCGCGAACUGCAGGCGCGCUUAGAUGAUCGACGAAUCGUGCUGGACGUCGGAGACGAUGUCAAGACGUGGUUGUGCGAGAAAGCGUAUGAUCCAAGGUACGGUGCCAGGCCGUUGAACCGACUUAUUCAGAGGGAGGUGGGAAAUAGUCUGGCCGAUCGGAUUAUCAGGGGUCAGGUCAAGGUUGGGAGCAGGGCGAAGAUUGUGGUGGAUGAGAUGGGAGAGCACUUGGGUGUCGUGGAGGCGGAGUGA